AUGCACUCGCAUCCCCGUGCGCAACGGAAGGACUGGGGGCAGGUGGAGGACGCAGAAGUCGCCUUUGUGUCUACGCUUCUUGUUCACUGCGAGGUCCCGAUCGAGCAUUGGAUUAUAACUAUGACUCUGGAAGAGAUCUGUGGACAAAACAACUCAAUGGAAAACACUGAUAGGGUGCAAAGUGCAGGCGCAGCCCUGGAGGAGCUGCUGGUCGCUGCUAAGAAGCAGGACUACCUGACAGUCGGAGUCUACGAGUCCGCAAAAGUCAUGAAUGUUGACCCAGACAGCGUGGCUUUCUGCGUCCUCGCCACCGACGAGGAGUACGAGUGCGACAUCGCGCUCCAGAUCCACUUCACGCUCAUCCAGGCGUUCUGCUUCGACAACGACAUCAACGUGGUGCGCGUGCACGACAUCGAGAGCCUGGCCGCUCUCGUGGGCGCAGACGAGACCGGCGAGCCCAAGGACGCGCACUGCAUUCUCGUCACGAGCCCCAGCGCAAACCCCUGGAAAGACCCUGCUCUAGACAAACUGAGCCUGUUCUGUGAGGAGAGACGCAGUGCGUACGACUGGGUGCCGACCAUCACGCUCCCAGAGCGCUGAAGUGACGUCCCCCCCCCCCCCUCUGAUCAUACUUCACAUGAUGAUCAUGAAGAUGAAAAGUAAGACGAGGAGCUGAGCUUUCGGCUUUGGAGGUCAAGCCUUUUCCCGCCCUCACUUGUCUGGAUUAAGAGGCUGCGACUACCAAACCUCUCCUUGCUAACCCCUCCCAGUGCAUUGUGGGUCCGCACGAUGGUUCUGGAUGACCCAUGCGGGAGGGUUGAAGCCCAGAGGUCAGGUGUCGCUUGGGUCAAGUAGACAGGAAGCAUGAUGGACACUGAGAAGGAGUUGGACCGUGCUGCAUGUUCUGACCCCAAGAUGGCUCUAGAUAAGAAGCACACGGGGAGUUGGGCAGACAAAGGCACGCACAAAGACACAGUGGACUUGGAACUUGAAAGUGCGAAGGCUGGACUGAAUCGCAUCACGGACGAACAAGUCCGACGAUGGUUGAGAAGAGAGCUUCUGAAAGUGUCUACAGUGGACUUUGCGCUUUGGGUUGCAGCCGUCGGGAUGUUCUUGGGAUAAGCGGACACUCUGCUUACGAAUCCUGACUUGAGCUGUAACUAAUAGCGGUGACAAAUGUCAUGGACUAUUAUUUUCACUUUGAAACAUACAGACGGGACAAUGCAAUAUUGAUUUGAAUUGUACCAGUUUGAAAUAUUUUGUGAAUAAAACGUUUGGAAAUCAA